AUGCUGGAUUGGGCACCCACGGUGGUUCGGCAAAGAGCCGCACCUGUCAAAAAGAGUGCUGAAGAGGAGAAAAAACAAUUAGAGAAGGUGAAAAAGGAGGCAGAAAUUCAAGCCCGCUAUGAUGUUUGGAAUCGAGGUGUUAAAACAUUGGAAGAAACCAUUCAACAGUUGAAACAACAAGAGUAUGAAAGCUCCAAACCACUGGCACGUUAUGCAGACGAUGCAGAUCUGACCGAGCACCUAAAAACACAGAUACAUGCGGACGAUCCAAUGGCCGAGUAUUUCGUAAAGAAGGCGCAAAAGAAGAAGAAAAAGCAUAAAAAGGACAAACACAAAAAGAGAAAACGUAGUUCGUCUGCCGCGUCUCAGUCUGACCCCGAAUCCAGUGCUUCCUCUGAUAGUGAUGCAGACUCCCGUCCUCAAUAUCAAGGUCCAGAACCUCCACCAAAUCGGUAUGGUAUUCGCCCGGGAUAUCGAUGGGACGGUGUGGAUCGGAGCAACGGGUUCGAGCAGAAAAUUGUCGAUGAGGCCACUCGGCGUCGUGUGGAUCGACAAAUCGCUCAACAAUGGUCCAUGGAGGAUAUGUAA